CAGACCAAAGCCUAGUUUUAGUUCUCUUUAUUCUUCCUUCAGACCAGAGAAGAAACAACUUGUAAAAAGGGUUUGAAUAAGUCAAGAUCACGACCAAACCCUAGUUUUUGUCUCCGGCAACGAAGUAAUGGUGGCGAGAAACAGUCGACGGGAGCUCUUCUUUGCAGCUUCCCUGAUCCUAACCUUAGCUUUACUUCGUCUAUCGGAAUCAAACUCCGAAGGCGACGCUCUUCACUCGCUUCGCCAAAGCUUGUCAGAUCCAGACCAUGUUCUUCAAAGCUGGGAUCCAACUCUUGUUAAUCCUUGUACUUGGUUCCAUGUAACUUGUAAUCAACACAGCCAAGUCACUCGAUUGGAUUUGGGGAAUUCAAACUUAUCUGGACAUCUUGUAGCUGAACUUGGGAAGCUUGAACAUUUACAAUAUCUUGAACUCUACAAAAACAAGAUUCAAGGAAGUAUACCUUCUGAACUUGGGAAUCUGAAGAGUCUGAUCAGUUUGGAUCUGUACAGCAACAAUCUCACCGGGAAGAUUCCGUCUUCUUUGGGGAAAUUGAAGUCACUCGUCUUUUUGCGGCUUAACGAAAACCAAUUGAUCGGUCCAAUUCCUAGAGAGCUAACCGCUGUUUCAAGCCUCAAAGUUGUUGAUGUAUCAAGCAAUGAUUUGUGUGGAACAAUCCCUGUAGAAGGACCUUUUGAACACAUUCCUAUGCAAAACUUUGAGAACAACCUGAGAUUGGAAGGACCAGAACUACUAGGUCUUGCGAGCUACGAUACCAACUGCACUUGAAGAAUCUAUGAAAAGAAGAAUGGGGAUGACCUUGUAAGAACUGUGCACCAUUUUAUAACAUAUAUAUAUAAGUAAGUAACUCUGCAAGUGUUUGUAAAUCUAUAUAGUGCCUUGUUUCAUGUUAAAAUACAUGAGAGGCUUCAAAGACUGAAGGAAACAUGCAGUGUUGUAUUAUUGUAUUGGUAGAUUUUAACAUGGGAGUGUAUUGGUGUGUUGGUAGAUUGUAUCUUGAAUGAGUUGUUAUACAUUCUAUAAUAUGUGUAAUUGGUUUUGGAUUUUGCAGUAUUUAGCUAUAUGUAUAAUAUUGAGUUA